UGUACAACAACAACUAAGAAUAACUAAUACAUUAAGACGGAGCCUCCGCCCUUUAAUAAUCAAUCUGUCUAGUGGCUCUCUGGAGCAGAACCCUUCCUCCCAGUGCACCACAGACUCCUGGUCUCCACGGCAACAACCAGAGCAUCGCUGCACCACUUGCUCCUAGAUAGCACAGGUAGAACCAUUUACAGUUCCUUCUACAGGUAGAACCAUUUACAGUUCCUUCUACAGGUAGAACCAUUUACAGUUCCUUCUACAGGUAGAACCAUUUACAGUUCCUUCUACAGGUAGAACCAUUUACAGUUCCUUCUACAGGUAGAACCAUUUACAGUUCCUUCUACAGGUAGAACCAUUUACAGUUCCUUCUACAGGUAGAACCAUUUACAGUUCCUUCUAAAGGUAGAACCAUUUACAGUUCUUUCUACAGCCCCGGGCAGCAGGCCACCCCAUCCUCCUUGGCAUCGCUACACGAACCAAUCCCAGUAAGAAGCCCAGGAGACGGAGGCUCACUGCCCCUGGAGCCUCAGACACCAGGCCACGCCCCCUGGAGGCUCACAGACCAGACCCCAGCGCCCUCAGGACCGGUCAUGGGGAACUCCAGGAGCGGCGCGGUGUCGAAGGAGAUCCUGGAGGAGCUGAAGAUGAACACCAAGUUCACGGAGAUGGAGAUCGUCCAGUGGUACGAGGACUUCCAGAAGCAGUGUCCCAGCGGACGCAUCUCCAAGGAAGACUUUGAGGGCAUCUACAGCCGCUUCUUCCCAGACAGCUCCGCCCAGACCUACGCACACCACGUCUUCCGCUCCUUCGACACCAACGACGACGGCACCCUGGACUUCAAGGAGUACAUCAUUGCCCUCCACCUCACGUCCACGGGGAAGACCGCCCGCAAGCUGGAGUGGGCCUUCUCGCUGUUCGACGUCGACAAGAACGGCUACAUCACCAAGGCCGAGGUCAGAGAGAUCUGCGCAGCCAUCUUCAAACUGAUCCCUGCGGAGGAGCUCGCUGGGCUGCCCAGUGACGAGAGCUCCCCCGACAAGAGAGCCGACAAACUGUGGAGCUACUUCGAUAAAGGAGAGGACGACCGCGUGGCUGAAGCUGAGUUCCUUGCCGGCCUCGUGGACAACGACGCCGCCCUGCGUCUGAUUCAGUACCAACCGACCAAAUAGGCCCUCGUUGGUUCAUAUGGUCCAUGCUUAGUCAUACCCAAAUUAGAGGCAAACGAGCCUGGGUGACAGUUAACUGAUUUGAUUUAGAUGAUUUAAGGUCCAUUAUGAUAUGUUUCUGAUUAACAAUGGCGACUGGAUUCUGAGGGAGAAUCAGCUUGAUGUUUUGAUAAAUGACUUAAUCGGAUGUAAAAUAAUAAUGCACAAACAGUUUCUUACCUGCAUAGUGGAGUUGUCAGGAAUGUCUGCUUAGAACAAUUCAAAACAAACCUAAUCCAUCACCAGACGUCACCUGACACGAUCACAUGAUCACAACUUGGAGAUAGCUAAAGAUGGAAAGAUAGUUAGGGUGUGAAGCUAGCUAAGAUGUAAGGAUAGUUAGGGUGUGAAGCUAGCUAAGAUGUAAAGAUAGUUAGGACAUAAAUGUAGCUUAUAUGUGAGGUUAGUGAAAGUUUUAUGCUGUUAGCUAAGCCAUUGAACAAAGGUCGAAAGAAACUAGAAAGCAGAGUUGACUUAUUCACUCUAAGCAGGCCUGACUGAUGUUUGAAAGUUGACCUAGUAACCUUCAACCACAGAUCUCGAAUCCCAGCUGUUUUCAAUGUAGUUAAAUAAGAACGUACAGCUUCUGUGUUGUCUGUCCAGAUGCAGAGCGCUGACCUGCAUCUGUAGCCACACUUACAGAUUAGUUUGGUUUCGUAAGCACUAGACCUGCUGCUCUUACUUGACCUAGUUUUAACCAAACAUCUGCCCCAUAGUUCACUGUAUCGCCACGUCCAGCACCCAACAAACCACAGCCACCUUUUCACUAGCAGGGUAUCACACUUCAGAUAUAUAUACAGAGAUAUAUUCAGAUGUAUGCUACAGAUAUAUAUUUUUAUCAGUUUGUUCAGUCAGUGGAAUGAAGGAACCAAACUCUCUCCUAUGAUGACAAAGUUGACAAUUUAACCAAAUUUUUGAGAGAUGUAGUCACUCUAUGGAAUUUUAAGAAACAAAUGUGAGAAUAAAAAGAUGAAAUAGUC